CCUGGGUGGGGACUCAUGAGGUGUGACACACUUGGGCUGGAUACAAACAAGGACCUGACAGCGUGGCUCCACCACUGCUCAUCCCAUCUGUGCAGGAGGCACUUUCACUCUCAGACAAGAAGGUUGGUGGACACUAGCAGCAUGACGCUCCAGUUUCCAACACUCUCUGAGGUGCAGAAGAGGGAUCUCCGUGAGACCGCUCUACGCAUAGUCUCUCCAGGGAAAGGCAUCCUGGCUGCAGACGAGUCUGUGGGCAGCAUGGCUAAGAGGCUGGCACAGGUAGGGGUGGAGAACACAGAAGAAAACCGGAGACAGUUCCGCCAGAUCCUCUUCAGCGCGGACGAUCGCAUCAACAGUUGCAUUGGAGGGGUCAUCUUCUUCCAUGAGACUCUUUACCAGCACUCUGAUAGCGGAGUGUCCUUUGUCAAGAUGAUCAGGGACAGGGGAAUCAUGAUUGGUGUCAAGGUUGAUAAAGGUGUGGUCCCUCUGCCAGGAACAUGUGGAGAAACAACCACCCAGGGUCUAGAUGGACUGUCUGAACGCUGCGCACAAUACAAAAAGGAUGGAGCUGUAUUCGCAAAGUGGCGCUGCGUGCUCAAAAUCAGUGAGGCCAACCCAUCUAAACUGGCCAUCAUGGAAAAUGCUAACGUUCUUGCGCGCUACUCAAGCAUCUGCCAGCAGCAUGGCAUUGUGCCUGUCAUUGAGCCGGAGAUCUUACCUGAUGGUGAUCAUGACUUGAAACGCUGCCAAUAUGUCACUGAGAAGGUUCUGACUGCAGUGUACAAGGCCAUGUCUGACCACCAUGUGUACUUGGAAGGGACCCUCCUCAAACCAAAUAUGGUCACUGCUGGACACAGCUGCCCCACCAAGUACACCCCAGAAGAAGUUGCGAUGGCAACCGUCACUGCCAUGCGCCGCACCGUUCCCCCAGCUGUGGCAGGAAUUGCUUUCCUCUCUGGUGGUCAGAGCGAAGAGGAAGCUACUGUUCACCUGAACGCCAUCAACAACUGUCCCCUCCCCAAGCCAUGGAUCCUGACGUUCUCCUUUGGCCGAGCCCUGCAGGCGUCUGCACUCAGAGCAUGGAGAGGACAUCAAGAGAACCAGAAAGCUGCCACAGAGCAGUUCAUCAAGAGGGCAGAGGCGAACAGCUUGGCUUGUCAGGGGAAAUACACCGCUGGUGACAAUCACGGCGAUGCUGGCCAGAGGGUCUAUGGUUCCUGUUAUGCAUACUGAGGAGGGCAAAGGCUCCCAUUUGAACCCAAGCAGAGCUUCCCUCUAUUCCUUCAUAUAUGACACUCAGAAGCAUAGUAUCCGCAUGUUCACACUUAACAUGAUGGAAAAUGAAAACUGUUUUUACACAUGAGGACAAUCAAAGAAGGAUCUUUGGUAAAACUUUUGAAUGAGUGUAAGGAAAGAUGUUUGCUUUAUUCUAUUUUCACCUAUAAAACCUGCUAUGAGCUGCUGAUGAAGUAAAAAGUGUUAUAAAGACUUCAUGUAAGCAAUAUGACUUCAUGACUUAUCCUUAGAAUUAGAAACAAAUGUGUUCUCCUCUUUUGUAGUGUUCUUUUUUGGAACACAGUACUAAAAAUUCUGUUUAAAGUAAUGCAAUAAACCUGCAAAUCAGUGA